CCAAGUGGCCUCUUUUGUUCCUUUCAUCCUGACUUUAACGGCUCAGAAGCAGCUGGCCGUUCACUUUUAACAAGGAGCCCGGCUUUUGAAUGCAGCUUCGGGUUGCGCGGUCUAAAUUUUGAGCCAACUUUUUCGCGCACGAAAAGAGCAGUUGCAGAAGGCGAAAGCCAUGGACGUUUUGCACGGGGUUUGCGUGGAAAACAGUGAGCAGGACAAAAGGUCGGCGAAGAAAAAGAAAACGCGAAGGAGAAAGAAAAUGCUGACAGGAGUCAGCCUUCAGAGGAGAGCUGCCAACACAAGGGAGAGACGACGGGUUCAUGGAGUCAACCUGGCGUUUCAGGACCUGCGAAAGCUUCUGCCCGUCAUCUCUGAGGUCGAGGUGUCGAAAAUCGACAUCCUCAGGCUGGCCGCCAAGUGGAUAGCUCAUCUCACCACUGUGUUGCUCCUGGAUGAUCAAAAACAACAUCAGCGGGAGAACGGGUUGUCGUUGGAGCUGGAGCUAGGCGAGAAGUUGGCGGAAUUAACUCGCAUUUGCGAAGAACUGGCCGCAGACUUUAUCAUCUGUCGGACUGAGGACCCGCUGUGCCUUGGCGCCUGUGUUUUGGAUGAUUUCUCGAGUUUCCGUUCUUUCGCCGCCCGUGAGAUGCCCUUGGAAAAUGGCUAUUUCUCCCCAUGCCUACAUUAAACGGACCAAGCGUGGUGCUGAAAGCUAAGUACAUGUCACAUUCUCCCAUGUUUCGCGCGGGAAUGGGUUGAAACUGAACCGAAACAGCGAAGAGGCAUCAAUAAGGCCGUCGUUUGCAAAGCAAAAUCGAAGGAGUUUGAUCAGGCUGAGAUUGUCGAAAAACAAUUCGUGAUUAUAGAAUCAUUUUAUAGCCCGUCGAUAUGGAAGCACGGACUUUGGUUCAAAUGCGGUUGGAUUAUUUGAAGAAGUUCAUUAAAUCCCAUUGAUGCUGAGUUUUGCGAAAUGAUUCAGUUAGUCUUUUCCAUGUUGGUCACGUCUGCAACGGAUCUGCCGUUGUGCAGAACACAUUUCAAGAUAAUGAUGUGAAAUUGCUGGUGUGCUGAUAUACAUCGAAUUGGAACACAAUCUGGAAUUUCCUAUCACCUAGUUUCUGUGAACGAACAGACCUCUUCGAAGUCUUCAGUACCAGGCACCAGUUCAAAGUAUCAGUCUAAUUGUGUACAAACAAAUAAAUACUUGUGAAUUUCUCAAAACGUCUCUGUAACCCAUUUAAACCUAGGAAAAAGGUCGACUUUGAUUUAAAGGCAUACGCAUACUAACCUAAACCCAGUGUGGAUUCAGAGGAUAUUUUACAUCGCUUCCUCGGUUUUAGGGUCUCGUUUCAUCUUUUUAACUUAGGCGAUGUCCGACAGCAUGAAUUCUGGGUCAGAACUUUCGCUUCCCGGGUCGAGAUCCAGAAACCAGGUCGUUUGCUUACUCGUGUUAACCCUACAGUGUUUCCAGUGUACCCAGGCUCUUUCAUUUAGUAACCAUCUCGUAAUAUUUUCAGCAGGGUCGGUUUGUAAAUGUCGUUCGACUAAAAUUUAAAUGGGCGAAAAUGAAAAUGCUCGGCCUUAUCUGAACUGACCUCUGUACAGACUCGUCGUUUUUGCAAAGUUUCUAACUUCUUCCUACAACCAAACGCUCGCAGUUGACGUAACUUUAAAUCGCUAUAGAUUGAAAGUGCGUGUUUCUUUUUUUAAUUGAGCAAAUACACACAGUUUCUUUUAUGCCGCAGAUUGGCGAGCUGCCUUGUAGGUCUUUUAGCCGGUUGGGCCACCGCCUUGCAAGGCUUAAACACAACGUGGGGGCUAUUGAAGCUUUCAAGGAAUGCUGCAAAACUUGAGAACAUUUGGGUAUCAGGAAUGAGAUUAAGCGCACAACACAAAGAGUCGCCCAAGCCUUAAUGCCUCUCCAUAUUCAGGAUCAGCGCCCUGUUAAAAAUUAUCAGAAUCCUUUGUGUGUGGUAUUUUAUUAGACUUCUUUUGUGUAAUUUUCAGCACCGCGGUUCUCCUCUCUGCCGGCUGCUGGGUGUUUUAUUGAGCGAGGGGAGGGAGGGUAAAAGUAUUUCCCUCCCCCCAGAGAUUAUGAAAGCAAAGUGCUUGGCAUUGGUUUGAAAUCGAACUUUCAAAUGUUACCCUAUGCGCCUGCUGCGGAUAAAAUGAACAAUGGCCUCGCUGCACACCAAGGUCUCAGGGAGGCGUAACAUAUUAAUAUCAUAGCCUGCCAAAAUUAGUUGGCACAGUCUGAAUCUGACCUUCCCUACAAAGUAUUGCUCUGACAACAGGGAGUCAUCAUUCACUUCAUCAAUGAUAUGUUUUUCCAACUCCUGCGAGGCGGUGAAACAUUUGCAUGAAUCCAUCCUUGGGCUUUAGAAUGCUAUGGAGGCACACAUUUGCCCGAAAGCUUCGGUUUUUAAUGAAUGGAAAUAUCAGCGCAGUGUGCAUUCAGCCUCCGACCUGUUAGUGCUGAAAGCUAACAUUUCCAUUUGUUUUCUGUUGAGUGGAUUAGAUAGAUUGGCCUGCUCCUCAAGAAUUUCAAAAUGAUACAUUGAACGUGUGGCAGAACUGUGAAGAGCCAAUUCUAAAGUUUGUUACAAAUACCUUGCAAGUCCCAACUUAUAUUGUUGAUACAUAAGAACUCAUAAUCAAUUAGAGCCAUCGUUAAAACUAAGCCUACUAAUAUUUAUUUUUCAUUGGUAAUCUAACUUUCAAGAGAUUCCAGAGUCAAGAGUGUUAAAUUGUCAUAUGCACUGAUAAUGCGGCAAAUAAAUUCUUACUUGGAGCAGCAUAACAGGCCUGUAGCGCAGUACACAUAAGAAUAUAUAAUAUACAAUUAAGAGCAUUUUCAAGCUUGGAACUGCAUUUAACACAGAAGGCCAAGGUGUAAAUGCCCAACAUAACUUUUUAAGAAGACAGGAACAACAAAAACAACAGUUCUGAAGAAAUAAUGCAGAUGCUGAAAACAUGAGAAAGACAAACAGUAAAUGACGGAAACAUUCACCAUAUCAAUUACCCUCUGUGGACAGGAUAGUAACAUGUAAGAAAUCAAAUAUGGAGAAAGUAUGAUUAUGUAGAUAGGUAGAAAGUAUGAGAGACAGGUUAUUAACUGAUCCACAGGGUAUACUUUAUGAGGAAUUGUGUAAGUCGCUGCGAGCUGUGAACCUGAGCAGUUAAUCGCUGUCAAUGUGGGGAAUGGUGAAACUGAAAGAAAAAAAACAUUGAUAAAAUACUGUCAUAAUACAA